AUGGCGGCAGCGCCACCGGCUGGACAGCACGCACUGCAGCUGUAUCUGCAUCUGCUGCUGCUGCUGAUCAUGUUGCAGUUAACGGCAAGCGCGCAGCGGUCCGACUCUGACAUGGAGCAGGACGCGCUGCGGGCGUUCACGGCCGGCCUGUCGGACGCGUCGUCAUCUGGUGCCCUCCAGUCAUGGAACAGCAGCACGCGCACUUCUGCCGGUGGCGCGUACCUGGAGUACCUCGUCCUCGAGAAGAACCAGCUCUCCGGGACCAUCCCGGCCAGCAUCGGCAGGCUGCGGCGCCUAUGGUACCUCAACCUCUGCGACAACAUCGGCAUCAGCGGGGAGAUUCCGGACAGCUUCCACAGCUGCACCAGCCUCGGGUUCCUGUACCUCAAUAACAACAACCUCACCGGCGCCAUCCCGGGCUGGCUCGGCACGUUUCCCAACCUCACCUACCUGUAUCUGCACCUCAACUCGCUGUCCGGCGAGAUCCCGCCAUCGCUCGGCAGCCUCACGAAGCUCCAGGCCCUCAGGCUCGAUGAGAACUACCUGCGAGGUAGCCUACCCCCUGGCCUCGCGGAUCUUCCUUCCCUUGAGACGUUCAGCGCGUACCAGAACCUUCUGGGCCUAUACCUUGGUGGCAACAAUCUGACGGGCCCCAUCCCCGCAGCACUUGCCAAGGCCUCGAAUCUAACGUGGCUCAGCCUAGCAAAUAACAGCUUCACUGGGCAGGUGCCUCCAGAGAUCGGUAUGCUCUGCCCACAGUGGUUGUACAUGUCGGGUAACCAGCUAACGGCUAGCGACGAGCAAGGCUGGGAGUUCCUGGACCAUCUUGCCAACUGCACCAGCCUGCAGGUCCUUGCCCUUGACAACAACAAGCUCGGUGGAGAGUUGCCAAGCUCCAUUGGCCGCCUCUCGACGGAGAUUCAAGCGCUGCACCUCGCGAACAACCGUAUUUCCAGGACGAUUCCACCGGGUAUCGGCAACCUCGUCGGGCUGCAAUCGUUGGACCUUGAAUCCAAUCUCCUCAACGGCACCAUCCCGGAAGGGAUUGGGAAUAUCAAGAACCUCAUAGAGUUGGGGUUGCAGGGGAACAGGUUAACCGGGCCAAUCCCAUCCUCCAUUGGCGACCUAACCCAGCUGGUAAAACUUGAUCUAAGCAGUAACACGUUGAGUGGAUCCAUCCCUCACACUCUAGCCAACCUGAACUGCCUAACAUCGCUCAACCUCUCGGGCAACGCCGUCACCGGACACGUCCCAAGGGAAAUCUUCAGCCUGGUGUCCUUGUCCUUGGCGGUGGACUUGUCUGACAACCGGUUGGACGGCCCACUUCCACCUGAUGUCUCCGGCCUCACCAACCUUGCGCAGCUAGUACUGACCGAGAACCAAUUCUCCGGUCAGCUGCCAAAAGAGGUGGACAACUGCCAGAGCCUGGAGUUUCUUGAUCUGGAUCGUAAUUUCUUCAACGGAAGCAUCCCAACAUCACUGAGCAAGCUCAAGGGUCUUAGGAGGCUCAACUUAGCGAGCAACAAGUUGACCGGGAGCAUCCCACAGGAGCUCGGCCAGAUGUCCGGUCUUCAGGAGCUGUACCUGUCGCGAAACAACUUGACAGGAACAGUCCCGGAGGAACUGGAGAACCUGAGCUCCCUGAUCGAGCUGGACUUAUCUUACAACCACCUUGACGGCAGUGUACCGCUGCAGGGCAUAUUCGCUAACAUUUCCAGCUUGAAGAUCGCAGGGAACGCCGACCUCUGCGGUGGCGUCCCGGAGCUCAACCUGCCCCAGUGUCCAGCAGCCAGGAACACACGCCCUACUCACUGGCUUCUCCAGAUAGUGUGGUACAGGAGAAGGCCGAGACAAGCAAAUAAAACUGAUGAUGCAAUGCUGGAUGAUGUCCUCGAUGGCAUGAACUAUCAGAGAAUAUCAUACGCUGAACUGGACAAAGCGACCAACGGCUUCGCAGACACCAACCUGAUCGGUGUAGGGAAGUUCGGGUCCGUGUACCUGGGCACCCUGCCCCUGCUACCGAAGGGUGCUUCAGCGCCCGAGAAGGUUGCCGUGGUGGUCAAGGUGUUCGACCUCUGUCAGGUUGGUGCCUCCAAGACAUUUGUAUCGGAGUGCGAGGCGCUGCGGAACACCCGGCACCGCAACCUCGUCAAGAUAAUCACCUGUUGUGUCAGCGUGGACGUGACAGGCAACGACUUCAGAGGCCUGGUGUUUGAGUUCAUGCCCAAUUACAGCCUAGACAGGUGGUUGAACAUGAACCCCAAGUCUGAAGAGAUGAAGAUCAUGAAAACCCUGAGUGUAAUCCAGAGGCUCAACAUCUCCGUGGACAUCGCCGACGCGCUGUGCUACCUCCACACCAACUCCAUUCCACCGAUCAUCCAUUGUGAUGUUAAGCCCAGCAACAUUCUCCUCAACAAGGACAUGAGGGCGGUGCUGGCCGACUUUGGCCUCGCAAAAUUGAUCCUUGAGCCCAGGAGCCAUGACACUUCAAACGCCACAAGCACAAUUGGCUUGAGAGGCAUGAUUGGAUACGUCCCACCAGGGAAGGUGUCUACGCACGGCGACGUCUACAGCUUUGGGAUCACACUGCUGGAGAUCAUCAUGGGGAGGUCACCGACCGACGACGCGUUCAAGGACAGGCUGACGCUGCUGGAGUUCGUCACCGCGUCGUUCCCAGGCAAGAUCGAGCAGGUCCUCGACCCGGCCCUGCUGCAGGUCGAAGGGUUUGAUGGCCAAGUGUCCUGUGGCUCCGUUGACGGUGGUGCGCAUAUCUCGGAACGCGAUUGCCUGGUCUCCGCUGUGAGGGUGGGGCUCAGCUGCACGUGGGGAGUGCCGUUCCAGAGGCUCAACAUGAAGGAUGCGGCCACCGAGUUACGCUCCAUCAUUGACGCUUGUGUCCGUUCGGCUGGGUAA